AUGCACAUUACACAAAAUUUCAAGCCGUUUCCCAACCAUCGAACAAACGAACUUCCAAGUAACACUUGUCUAGCUAUGGAACUUUACUCGGAAAUUUCGCGUCUCGCUCUAACAGAGGAGGAAACAACGGAUCUAUACGUAUACUUCACCACGAACCCUGCACAAAAGGAAGAAGCAGUUGCUAUCCUGGAAGCAUGCAAGAAUGAUGCUGCCCGAGGCGAAAGAGAGAGCUGGAAGAGCCUGGCGUUGAGUCAAAAAGUUUGCAGUAAACGGGACCAUCGAGCUAGAUGCAUAUGGAAGAUAUUUGUCGUGGAUCAAACUGAAGAGAAUCAGCCACUUGUCGAUCACGUCGUCAUGAAAGAGUUUGUGAGCUUUCAUGCGCCGCGUGCAGCUGGCAAGUCUACUCAUAUGUUGCAGCUUGCAAACCAAUUGGAAAGUGGCAUUCGAAUCGAUGGGAGAUUGAAGAAAUAUGAAUGUUUUUAG